CCGGCGGUGGCCGAGUUGGGCCACCACCUCACCGAGCUGGACAUGAGCCACAACCGACUGACGGCCCUGGGCGCGGAGGUGGUGAGCGCCCUGCACGAGCUGCGCAAGCUGAACCUCAGCCACAACCAGCUGCCCGCCCUGCCCGCCCAGCUGGGCUCGCUGGCCCACCUGGAGGAGCUGGAUGUCAGCUUUAACCGGCUGGCGCACCUGCCGGACUCCCUCUCCUGCCUCUGCCGCCUGCGCACCCUCGAUGUGGACCACAAUCAGCUCACCGCUUUUCCUGGGCAGCUGCUGCAGCUGGCUGCCCUGGAGGAGCUGGACGUGUCCAGUAACCGGCUCCGAGGCCUACCUGAGGGUAUCAGUGCCCUGCGUGCCCUUAAAAUCCUCUGGCUGAGUGGGGCCGAGCUUGGCACCCUGCCUGAGGGCUUCUGUGAGCUGGCCAGCCUGGAGAGCCUCAUGCUAGACAACAACAGGCUGCAGGCUCUGCCCGCCCAGUUCAGCCAUCUGCAGAGACUCAAAAUGCUCAACCUCUCCUCCAACCUCUUUGAGGAGUUCCCUGCCGCGCUGCUGCCCCUGGCUGGCCUGGAGGAGCUCUACCUUAGUCGCAACCAGCUCACCUCAGUGCCAUCCCUGAUCUCAGGCCUGGGCCGGCUCCUCACCCUGUGGCUGGACAACAACCGGAUCCGCUACCUGCCGGACUCCAUUGUGGAGCUGACGGGCUUGGAGGAGCUAGUGCUGCAGGGCAACCAGAUCGCUGUGCUGCCGGACAACUUUGGCCAGCUCUCCCGGGUGGGCCUGUGGAAGAUCAAGGACAACCCACUGAUCCAGCCGCCCUACGAGGUCUGUAUGAAGGGGAUCCCCUACAUCGCAGCCUACCAGAAGGAGCUGGCCCACUCCCAGCCGGCAGUUCAGCCCCGCCUCAAGCUGCUCCUGAUGGGCCAUAAGGCUGCAGGGAAGACCUUGCUCCGGCACUGCCUCACUGAGGACAGAGUGGAGGCAAGUGAAGGAGGGGACAAGGAGAAGGGCUACUCACCUCCACCGCCGCCCGCGAGCAAGGGCAUCGAGGUGACCAGUUGGACAGCCGAUGCUUCCCGGGGCCUGCGGUUCAUUGUGUACGACUUAGCCGGAGAUGAAAGUUACGAGGUGAUCCAGCCCUUCUUCCUCUCCCCAGGGGCCCUUUAUGUGCUGGUGGUGAACUUGGCCACCUACGAGCCACGGCGAUUUCCUACCACCGUGGGCUCCUUCUUGCAUCGGGUGGGGGCCCGAGUGCCUCACGCGGUGGUGUGCAUUGUGGGCACGCACGCAGACCUGUGUGGGGAGCGGGAGCUGGAGGAAAAGUGUCUGGACAUCCACCGCCAGAUCGCCCUGCAGGAGAAGCGCGAUGCUGAGGGGCUGAGCCGCCUGGCCCAGGUGGUGGACGAGGCGCUGGCCCGCGACUUCGAGCUGCGCUCAGCCAGCCCCCAUGCCGCGUACUAUGGUGUUUCAGACAAGAACCUUCGGCGGCGCAAGGCCCACUUCCAGUACCUGCUCAACCACCGGCUGCAGAUCCUCUCCCCGGUGCUGCCUGUGAGCUGCAGGGACCCCCGCCAGUUACAGCGCCUUCGGGACAAACUGCUUUCGGUAGCUGAGCACCGGGAAAUCUUCCCCAACUUACACAGAGUCCUGCCCCGGUCCUGGCAGGUACUGGAGGAACUGCAUUUCCAGCCCCCUCAGGCACAGCGGCUUUGGCUGAGCUGGUGGGACUCGGCACGCCUGGGCCUGCAGGCAGGUCUGACCGAGGACCGGCUGCAGAGCGCCCUGUCCUACCUGCACGAGAGCGGCAAGCUGCUCUACUUUGAGGACAGCCCAGCCCUCAAGGAACACGUCUUCCACAACCUCACCCGCCUCAUUGACAUCCUCAAUGUCUUUUUCCAGAGGGAUCCUUCCUUGUUGCUGCAUAAGCUGCUCCUAGGGACCAACGGAGAGGGCGAGGGAGACGGGGAAAGCUCCCUCGUAAUGGCACUGCCACCGCCCAGCCAGGACCUGCUCCCGGCCACCCAGCUCCAUCAUUACGUGGAGGGCUUUCUGCUUCACGGGCUCUUGCCGGCCCAUGUCAUUCGGUUGCUGCUUAAGCCUCACGUCCAGGCCCAGCAGGAUUUGCAACUGCUGCUGGAGCUGCUGGAGAAGAUGGGACUCUGCUACUGCCUCAAUAAACCCAAGGGCAAGCCUCUGAAUGGGUCCACGGCCUGGUACAAGUUCCCCUGCUACGUGCAGAACGAGGUGCCCCAUGCAGAGGCCUGGAUUAACGGGACCAACCUGGCCGGGCAGUCUUUUGUGGCUGAGCAGUUGCAGAUUGAAUAUAGUUUUCCCUUUACCUUCCCACCUGGGUUGUUUGCACGCUACAGCGUCCAGAUCAACAGCCACGUGGUGCAAAGGUCGGACGGGAAACUUCAGAUCUUUGCAUAUCGAGGGAAAGUUCCUGUGGUGGUGAGCUACAGACCCGCCAAGGGGGUCCUGCAGCCAGAUACUCUGUCCAUCGCCAGCCAUGCAUCAUUACCAAACAUAUGGACGGCAUGGCAAGCCAUAACCCCCUUGGUGGAAGAACUGAAUGUCCUACUUCAGGAAUGGCCUGGACUGCACUACACCGUGCACAUUCUCUGUUCUAAGUGCCUUAAGAGAGGGUCGCCCAAUCCACACGCUUUCCCGGGGGAGCUGCUGAGUCAGCCCAGACCGGAAGGAGUGGCCGAGAUCAUUUGCCCCAAGAACGGCAGUGAGCGAGUGAAUGUUGCCUUGGUUUACCCACCUACACCGACUGUGAUCAGCCCCUGUUCCAAGAAGAACGUUGGUGAAAAGCACAGAAACCAGUGACCUUUAUGGCUGUGGAAUUUCCGUGAAGAGACUCACCUGGACCAUGUUUCGUACCUGGUAACCCUCCACACUCCCAGUGUGUCGUGAACUUGAGCGCACGGCUCAGGGUGCUCUCAGAGGAGGGAGCCCGCCUGGCCUGCCGACGAGGUGGGGAGGGGCGGGGGGAGGUCGGGAGAGAGAAUAUGGAGCAAGUGUUUUACAACCUGAACCUCAGAACUGUGAUCCUCCAAGGAGAGCGCUACUUGAAGAAAAGAAAAGACAAAAAAAAAGUCGAAUGGCUUCUCAGGGAUUUUGUUUUCUGUGCACAUAUAAGCCAUAGUUCCAGCGCAGGUGGCAGUAUUUAGAGCACUCAGAUUUCAGUUCUGUUCAAUGUGAACGAGGGCGCGCCUGACCAUUCAUUGCUGUUCCGCAACUAGUGUAAAAUAUGUACAUGUUUAUCUUUAUUUUUAUAAUAUGCAAAGACAUUUAAAUUUAUACAGUUGGAAGCUUCUAGCGUUAGUUAACACUGGGUGCAAUAUUCGCAUGAGAACUGUGCCAAGAUGGGGCUGACUUCUUAUUUUAGCAUAAGACCUUUCUGUUCAUUCUUUACUCUGUAAUCCUUGGCAGAUUAAAAAACAAAAAAGAUACCUGUCUGCCCAUGGGUGAAGGGUUGGCUCGUAGAGGUUGCCAAUAGUCUGCAAGGUGCACGCAGACACUGACUCCUCUCCUUCUGACGAAAGGCCCUGCCUGUGAGCUGCUGGGCAGGGUGCUGGGGUGGUUCCUUUUCGCUGCCACAUGUCACUACUGCCGAGCACAGUGUUCCUCGCUGACUAUUUGUGGUCACUGGUGAUUCACCGAUGGAGGUCUGGGGUUAGGGUUCUUUAGCAGGAGGCCGAAGCGUUAGCGAGUCCAUUGAAAACCUGAGUCUUUUCUUUUAAAAAAAAUUUUUUUUAUUGAUUUCAGAGAGGAAGGGGGAGAGAGAAACAU